GAAGAAGAAUAACUUCCGGGUGUUGGGCUGACAGGUGGAUGUUGUUUUCUGCGGGUCAGAUCAAUCAGGGCCGGUUUUUCCUCCUGUGAACCGUUUCUCCUGUUAUUUUACCGGGACGUGAAUGUGUCCGGUUGGCUGACCUGUGAUUUCCGUUAACCGGAUCUCAGUGACGCUCCUCCCGCACCUUGUCCCAGCACCGACCCUCUGAUGGCCUCCAGAAGGCCGGACAGCUUCGACGGGCUCGGCUACCGCGGCCGCGACGACCCGCUGUACGGAGCGAGCUACCCGGUCCGGAGCGCCGGAGGCCCCGCGGAGCUGCAGCAUCACCACUGGGUCACCACGCCGCCGGACAUCCCGGGCAGCCGCAACCUGCACCACGGAGAGCGGUCACCGCACAUCGAUGAGCCGCUGGGAGAGCCCGGAGCUCCAGGAGCUCCCGCAGCCGGAUUUGACGCUCCGCAGCCGGGCGUACCGCCUGCCGAGCAGCUGAAUCGAUUCGCAGGAUUUGGAAUCGGACUCGUCAGCCUGUUCACAGAGAACGUCCUGGCCCACCCCUGUAUCGUCUUCCGCAGACAGUGUCAGGUGAACUACCACGCCCGUUGUUACCACCUGACCCCAUUCAGCGCCGUCGCCGUCAUGUACGCCAUCACCAAGGCCCAGGGUCCCAAGGCUCUGUGGAAGGGGAUGGGCAGCACCUUCAUCGUCCACGGCAUCACGCUGGGAGCCGAGGGCGUCAUCAGCGAGAUCACGCCGUUACACCGGGAGCUUCCUCACAGGUGGAGCUGGAAACAGCUGGCUGGACAUUUACUGCUCAAAGGGUUAACGGCUGCGGUGGCGCUCCCGUUUUACUGCGCCAGCCUCAUCGAGACGGUCCAGAGCGAGAUCGUCCGAGACGAGGCGUCCUCCGGGCUGCUGGACUGCAUCCGUGAAGGUCUGACCCGGUUGUUGGGCGUCGGCGCUCCUCACAGUCGCCGUCUGCUUCCUCUCAGCUCCCUACUGCUUCCCGCCGCGCUGCACGCCAUCCUGCGGUACGCCAUCGCCACCUCCGUCCAGCGUGCGGCGAUGUGGCUGCACCAGCGGGGCAGGAAGCAGCGGGCGGACCCGUCCAACCCCCUGGACGCCUACUUCCCUGAGCUGGCGGCGGCGUGGGCGGGGUCUCUGGUGGCCGACGUCAUGCUGUUUCCCCUGGAGACGGCGCUGCACCGCCUCAGCCUGCAGGGCACGCGCACCAUCAUCGACGCCACCGACGGCGUGGUCGCAGCAGGGAGCGGCCCGUUGGUCCUUCCCGUCAACACGCAGUAUGACGGCUUCUCUGACUGCCUCCACGCCAUCCGCCGCAAGGAGGGCGUGGCCGGGUUUUACCGCGGCUUCGGCGCGCUGGCCGCGCAGUACGCGCUGCACGGAGCGCUGCUGGCCGCCGCCAGGACUCUGCUGAGGCUGCUGCUGCUGGAGGGCGGGGCCAGAUAGAGGCGUCACCAUGAAGAUGCGGCGUCACUUCCUGUUCCAGCAUGAACUCAUGAACCCGUGUUAAAAAAUAAAAAUGUUGUUUAAACACUGAAAGCUGAUUGGUCGCCUGCAGUCCACGUGUCUCCCCAGCUUCACCACACAGUGAAACGUGGCCUCCUUCAGGACGUGGCGCCGCUUUUAAUCUGUACAAAGCUGUAAAAAUGAAAAAGCUUCUGUGGAAUAAAGUAAAAGUAGAUUUAAAAUAUGACCACGAAUAUUUAAAUUCACGCCGGAGAGCGAAGUCGUCAGAGCUGCACCUGUUCUCGUGUUCUGUUCUGUAAAUGUUGAAACUUUGUGUCCAAAAAUAAAAACCUUUAAACUCA